UUGAAAAGUAUGCAGAAAAACUGUCUAAUGGGAGUUUUCACGGCUUGUGAACGAGCCUGGAUCAGUAUCGAUAAUGAGCUGUUUAUGUGGAGUUAUGAGGAUGGAGAGGACCUGGCUUAUUACGAUGGUAUCAACGAUACAAUCAUUGCUGUUGAAUUGGCAGUACCUCGACCAGGUUUGUUCACUAAUUUUAUAUCCCACUGUGACAACAGGCGUUCUGCCAAAUGGAAUAUCCUUUCUGUUGUGUAUUGCCACUCCUUUGGAAGUUAUCAUUUUGGGUGCUACAUAUGCGCAACCUGUCCAGGAAUCCUACAGAGAUGCACACGGAGUUAUUCAGGUUUUACCGGAGCCCCUUUAUUGUCUUCCGACUGA